AAUCCGCCCGCGGCGAGACGCGGCAGUACCUUCAGAGCGGUUAAAACGCGCACGUGCCUCGCGAGGUUCUAGCGAGUCGCGACAAGAGAACAGUUCCGUCCAGCUAGGUCAGGAUCUCUCUGAUCCGCCGUCGCGCGCGCCGGGUUAGUAUAGCGUCCGUGACCGUUGACUACUCUCUCUCAAGUCUCAAGAUCCUGUCAACAUGGGCCAUUGUGUUUCUUGCUGCUACGGCGACUCGGAGGGGGGCAUAGGUGUGCCGGAGGGCGCGCACGGCAAAAAGAUGCCGACCAAGGAGGAACAGGCGGCGAUCCAGAAGGGCCUCGCGGCGUCGCAGAUCGUCCUCUUCGGCCCCAUCGUCCCGCUCUUCCUGAUGCAGGACCGCCUGCGCCCGGGCGAAGGGCCGCCCGGCGGCUGGGGGUCGAGCCGCGGCGGCGACCACGGCGGCGACUACCGCCCGCCGGAAGACGACUACGAAGUCCCCGGCGGCGACUACGAGGUGCCGGACUGGGGCGACUACGUGCCGCCCGAGUGGCCCUCGCGCCGCCUCCAGGACGUCUUCGACCAGCAGGGGGGCUCGGACUUCAUCCCCUUCGGCGACCCGUCCCUCGUCACGGACAUCAUCUUAGCUUCCUUCAUCGCGACGUUCUUCUACGCGGUGAGCGUCUUCUGCGACUUCCCGGCCUCGAUGAAUCUCAACCUAGCUCUGGCGUCGGCGACGUUACUGUUCUUCGCCAUGGUCGACGGCUUCAACGCCAUCAGAGCCCAGGACCGCUUCGGCUCGCACUACGACGACACGAAGAAGAAUGUCAAGGACGCGAACGCCCGGGCCAACGCCUUGGCCGCGCUCAUCUUCAUCCAGUUCGUCAUCAGCCUCGCGCAGGUCUGGGUCGCGUCGACGCGGCUCCGCCUCUCGAAGAAGGGGUCCGAGCCCGCGUCCAAGGCCGAGACGGAGGGCUCCUUCGAGGGCGAGGUCGCGUCCAAGGAGCCGUCCGCCGAGGAGUCCGUGCCCGAGAAGUCGUCGGGCUGCGUCGCGUCGUGA